UUUUGAUGCCUUCUGGCUCCCAGAAUCUCAAGCUGCUCUGGUGAUAGCUUAAGAAGACUGCAUGCUGUUGCCUCUAGAUGCCGAGCCAGGCCUACUCAGAACCUCGGAACUCAAUCCUUCAUGGAGACCAGGUCCCAGCAGGAUGGCAGUGGAGAAAAUUGGCACCCAGAUGGUUCCUCUGCAUGAAGUUGUUGCGGGAUACGGGCCGAUGCGAGAACACCUGGUAACCAGGCUCGCCCUCUGUCAGUCAUCCGGGGCAGGGCAGCAUGGCGCACGUUCGGAGGAGGAAGCUUUUGGCGUCCUGCCUGUGCAUCACAGCCACCAUCUUUCUGCUUGUCACACUUCAGGUAGUUGUCGAGCUGGGAAAAUUUGAAAGGACGAAGUUUAAAAAUUCUAAUUUGCAAAAUGGACAUACAAAAAUGAGGGAAGAGUCUGGACAUCUCUACCCAUUCCUUAAAAAAGAGGUGUUGACCACGAAUGGGGAAGAAACGCCUGAAACUGACAACUACCCUGUUAUGCUCUGGUGGUCCCCCUUGACAGGGGAAACGGGGCGACUGGGCCAGUGUGGGGCAGAUUCUUGUUUCUUCACCAUCAACCGGACCUACCUGCAUCACCACAUGACCAAAGCGUUCCUCUUCUACGGUACGGACUUUAACAUAGAUAGCUUGCCUCUGCCUCGGAAAGCCCAUCAUGACUGGGCCCUUUUUCAUGAGGAGUCGCCGAAAAACAAUUAUAAACUCUUUCACAAGCCAGUCAUCACCUUGUUCAACUACACAGCUACAUUCAGCAGGCAUUCCCAUUUGCCACUCACUACCCAGUACUUGGAGGGUAUAGAAGUCCUGAAGUCACUCCGAUACCUGGUUCCUUUGCGCUCUAAAAACAACCUUCGGCAAACACUUGCUCCCUUGGUUUAUGUGCAGUCAGACUGUGACCCACCGUCAGAUAGGGACAGCUAUGUUCGGGAGCUGAUGACUUACAUCGAGGUUGAUUCCUACGGUGAGUGCUUACGGAAUAAAGAUCUCCCCCAGCCACUGAAAAACCCAGCCUCCAUGGAUACAGAUGGCUUUUACAGGAUCAUUGCACAGUAUAAAUUUAUCCUGGCUUUUGAGAAUGCAGUUUGUGAUGACUAUAUCACAGAGAAGUUCUGGAGACCGCUGAAGUUGGGGGUGGUCCCUGUGUAUUAUGGGUCGCCCAGCAUCAAAGACUGGCUUCCAAAUAACAGAAGUGCUAUUCUCGUAUCAGAGUUUUCUCACCCCAGAGAUCUGGCAAGUUACAUCAGACAACUGGAUCGUGAUGACAGACUGUAUGAGGCCUACAUAGAAUGGAAGCUGAAUGGUGAGAUCUCUAACCAGCAUCUUCUCAGAGCUCUCAGGGAACGGCAGUGGGGAGUACAAGACGUCAAUCAGGACAAUUAUAUUGAUGCCUUUGAAUGUAUGGUGUGCAACAAGGUGUGGGAUAAUCUUAGGCGUCAGGAAAAGGGCUUACCACCUAAAAAGUGGAAGGCGGAAGUUACCCACCUGAGUUGCCCGGAGCCCACUGUGUUUGCUUUUUCACCUCCGGCUCCACGUUGGAGGUCUUUGCGAGAGAUGUGGAUACCAAGUUUCCAGCAGUCCAAGAAAGAAGCUCAGGCACUAAGGUGGCUUGUUGAUAGGAAUCAGAACUUCUCAACUCAGGAGUUUUGGGCACUUGUCUUCAAGGAUUAA